AUUUAUCAUUUCAUUCUACUAAUACCUAUAUUUAAUUGUAGAUUGUCUGUCUGGCAUAGGUAUUAUAGCUAGCUAGUAGUAGCUGGUCUGUGAGAACGUCCUUUUGUUAACUUAUCAGGCAUCUAGUCACCAGGAAAGGCCAAAAAUGAAGAUGAAAAAGUAUUGUGAAGUUUUAGAUUUUAUACAGAAACACAAAGCUGAGGAUGUAGUACAGUGUUUGGUCAAACAGUUCCCAGAAAUUAAAGAUGAUACCUUAAGUAACAUCUACAUUCAGGAGGUACGAAGAAAAGUUAAGAAAGCUUAUCAUCGUAUCAGUGCCCCAGAUAAAGCAAGUGAUAUUUAUGAAAGAUAUCUUUCAAAGACUCAGUCAGGUGAGCCACCAGAAAUAUUAGUCAGGAUGGCAAAGGAGAUGGACUACUCGGCAUCAAUGCUUUCAAAGUUAAUUUUGGAACAGUAUUUAAAUACUAAUUGCCCUCAAAUGACAGUUGGGAAAUCCCAAAUAAAUCGGUUGCUGCGUGACACUACACUGAUCGAGGAUAGAGAUCUCGGCCGUGAAGUUUACUUGUGUUUGUUGCAAGAUGACGCAUACGGUCCAUUUGCUGAUAGUAUCAAACAUUCGGUUGGACAUGAAUACGAGUUUUUACUGAUUCAUGAGCUCAAAAAGCUAAACAUUAGCUUUCAGAAUGAAGAUGAACUUCGCCUUAAAGGUUAUGAUAAAACUCCAGAUGUGAAGCUCAAUAUACCAAUUGCCGUUGAUGGUUAUGUCAUAAAUUGGAUUGAAAGUAAAGCGUCAUUUGGUGAUGAAGAAAGCCACCGGACAUACUUGAAAGAUCAACUUUGGAGUUACUGGAAUAGGUUUGGUCCAGGAUUAGUUAUAUAUUGGUUUGGAUACAUUGAAGAGUUAGACGAACAUAGAGAGAAAGGAAUCAUCAUAAUGGACAGUUUCCCAACAAAUAUAACUUUCAUGAACCCAUUGUCAGAAUCCUGAUGGUUAGUAUUUUAGGGUAUGUGAAGGGAAAUGGUUGGUCGUCUUUCAUUUUGUAUGUAAAAGACAAAAUACAGAAAGUUACAUUGACCUUUUUUCAAUAGUUCCAUGUAGUACUGUUCAACUGAAAUAAAACAUUUCUUGAAAGAAUAGUGCAGUUAUAUACUGCAUACCUAUUUUAUACAAUAUAAUAAGGAUACCUUUAAUUUACUGAAACUGAAAGAAUGUACUGUAGAAUGGAAGGAAAACAGUGAUUUAGUUAAAUUUGAUACAUUUUGUUCAAGUUAGUCACUGUUCAUUUGAAAAGGAACUGUAACCUCCUGUGGUCACAGGUUUUCUGGGGGGGAGGCACAAGUGGGCCCCCCUUCUUUGCCCCUACGUGCGGGCGCCCAUGCCAUUGUCCCAUAUUGUUGUUUUCUCAAAUGAUACUUUAUUGGUGACAUGAUACUCACUCCCAUUAUAGUCAAAAAUCCUUGUAAUAUGCUCUCUCCAUCUCUCCAAAACUUCUAUUUGCCAUACCAAAUUUCCCUUCUUACAAUUUCCUUUUCCUGUUAUAGUCAAGAUGCCAGAGAACAUUAAGUUAAUCCGUCAGUUUCCUCUUGAAUUGUGUAUUCAUUCACACAUGUAUUUAUUUAUUUUUCUACGAUCUUCUGUCUCUUCACAUUCAGUGUCGUUCUAUAGUGCUGUCUUUCCAGUAUGAGAUCAUAUGCCUUUGUGCAGUUUGUAAUUUCAUAUUCACUUAUCCAUCACCAUACCAAAUACAGGCAGUACCCAGUU